UGCUAGGGAGUUAUAAGCAGACUUAAAGGUCACAUUUGCAGUAGUGACUGUAGAGUUGAUGCUGUACUGAGUAAACCAUACGGUCUCAUAUAUAUGGCUCAAACUUUCAGCGUCACUUACCUAUUAUCGAAUUUGAACAAGCGUCAAACUGCAGAAGUAGCCUAAGCUAACUUUUUUUGUUUUGCAAGUUUACGAUGGCACUCGUUGAUGCCAUACUGCCGUCGUUAACUUCGUUUACCGACCCUCGAACUAUGGACGAGAAGCAGUCUGAAAUCGUUCAGCUCUGGAAAGUCGAUGAUUUCGAAACCAGGGCAACAGGUCUGAAACCUCACAUUGAAGUGGCGUUCAGCAUCGUUGAAUCACCUACUUUUCCAAGCAAAGACGAAGAUGAUCUUGCGAAAUUCUUGGAUCUAGAAUUCAUUCUGUCCAAUACUACCGGAACCAUGAACGAAGGAGGCAACAAUGUAUCUCACCAACCGUGUUCCUACUCUCUACCGGAGUCACCAGAGAGCUGCAGCACUGUGGGUGACAGCGACGGUCUACACACACCCAGUUACGGUGAUGGUAACUUCAGCACCAGCCCUGGACAUAGCCUUGUAGCUGAACUGCUUACUCCUGAGCUGAACUUCCAGGGUGAGCCACUGCCAGAAUACUGUGCCAAGCCUGUGACUGACAGACGCGAGUACACCGAACUGUGCGCCCUAAACACAACCACUCCUGCCCACUUCCCUGUGGCCAGCUCUCACUCAAUGGGAUUUAAAAUUAAGAAAGAGGCCGCUGAGCAGUCGUGCAUGAUGGCGGGGGACUACAUGGGACAAAUGUAUGACCAGAAACACACGCACUGUGCCAUGCAUGCCGCCUUCACGCAUCCACAGUCAGCAGCCGUCCAGGGGUUCGAGCCUCAUAGCAUGCAGCAGAAUGUGUCUCCAGACGGGGUGACAAACAAAGACAGCCUCCUGAGUGACAUGAACACACAUCAACAUCCAUCCCAAAUGGCACAUCCUCAUCAGUAUAUGAACACGACUUAUCCAGUCCCACCGCAAUACACGCAUCACCAGAGUGUGCCACAUUUUCAUGGACAGUACGGCCUGUAUCGAGAGCCACUGCGGUCACACCAUCCCGCUAUGCAUGGAAUGUUACUCACUCCGCCGUCAUCGCCACUUCUGGAGUUUUAUGCGCCAGAAGAUAACAAGCCAAAAAGGGGUCGCCGGUCCUGGGCCAGAAAACGCACUGCGACCCAUAGCUGUGAGUUUCCUGGAUGUGGGAAAACCUACACUAAGAGCUCUCACCUGAAGGCCCAUAUGAGAACCCAUACAGGUGAAAAACCAUACCAUUGCAACUGGGAGGGCUGUGGAUGGAAGUUUGCAAGGUCCGACGAGCUGACUCGUCACUACAGGAAGCACACCGGCCACAGGCCAUUCCAGUGCCACCUGUGUGAACGAGCCUUUUCCCGCUCUGACCACCUCGCGCUGCACAUGAAGAGGCAUAUGUGAAUAAUUACAGACACUUGGAUCUGGACCUCGUUAUUCUCUAUGCUGUGGGGUUUCAAACGACACUUUUUGUAAAUUAUUGUACAUGUUGUAAUUUCUAAAUUAUGGUAGUUCAGUUUAGGCUGUUUUAGAGAAUGAGCAUUAGCUCUGCCCUCCAUAUAAAUUAUUAAAUGUUGGUGCCUGCUUUGGUUACAUGCAUUCUCAAACAAACUAACACUGAAUGUGAGCAGGACCCUGUUUUUUUGUGGGGGGGCGUUUACAAAAAAUGUCUAUAACUUUGAUAUUUUCACAACAUGUAGGCCUAGACUAAUGGUAUUUAUGUAGGCCUACUAUUAUUAGUAUAUCAUUUCAUGUGUUGUUAAAGUUCAGAACUUGAGACAUUAAGUGUGUUUUUUUUUAUAGAAUUGUAAAAUAAAAUAAUUACAAGUUUCCAAAAA